GCCAAUUUGGGCGAACGGUGGUUGCACGGUGAUUGCUUGUUGCCCAGGUUACGUGUCAAGGAGCUAAAAACCGUCGGCCAUGUUAGCCAGUAAAGUGGCUAAUUAAAGGCCAAUGCUCAAAGCCCUUCAAAAUCAAUUGUGAAAAGUCAAGUGUCAAGUGCCUAAACGAAUCAAAGAUCGGCUGGUUAUAGCUCUAGCUUGAUUCUAAAAAUGCCCUCCACUAUCACGAAAGUGCAUCAGCAAAUUACAUUUUAAGUCUGGCCGAUUGCCAACACAAAAAGCGGAAACCAACGGAGCAACACAACAGCCAGAACAAAACCACAACGACAAUGUCGAGUGGCAGCCUGCUGGAUGUGCUCUGCAGUGGCAGUGGUGCCCGCCUGGCCCUGGGCACCUCCGUCAUCUCCUAUUUGAUUGUCUACAAUGAGGCCUCGGCACCGAGCAUGCUCUUUGGUGUCCUGCUGGCGACACUCUAUGGCAGCAUGUCAGCGCGCUGUAAGACGAGUCUGCGAAGCCUACAAAUGCCUUAUGUUAGGGCCACCAACAAAUUUGACUAUGGCUGCCUUUUUCUGGCCAUAUGGCUGGAUGCCCUGGCUGCCAUGUGUGCCUGUGCGGCGCUGGCCAGGACACUGAGUGCCUGUCUGGAUGCCAUGACGGGAGGCUUGGCCAGGAUACUCAUUUUGGGCCGGAAUGCACCCACGAACGAGCCCUGGCCGGAUGUCUUGGGUGUCUCUGUCGUCUUUCUUGUCACUGGAAUGUUCAUGCUGGGUCUGGAGCACUCGAAAGCCUUCAGCCUCAUCAUGACACUCGGUAUGUUUGGCUUGAAUGCAAUCCUCAGCGCCGUUGGCUGGUGGCGUGGCGAUUUGUUGGCCUGGUCGACGGAUAACUACUUCCAGCCUGAUGGCAUUAGCAGUGUCUUUCUGGCCACUGCGCUGCUCAGCUAUAGCUUUCCCAGCGACUGGCCGCAACAGCAUCGAAGUGGACGGUAUGCAGCCAGCUUGAUCACAUCUCUGGUCUGUGUAUCCCUGCUCCUGACAGCCGUUUGUCUUUCGACUGUGGUGCACUACAAAACCCAUGAGGAGUACGUGGCUGUGCCUCUGUUCAAUGUCCUCGAUGAGAGUGGCUUCCAUAAGCUGGUGCCUGCCUCCGCCUGCAUGUUGCUCCUCACCAGCUCGGCUGCCUUUCUGGAGAUCUUCCCAGAGCUCUAUGGCAUUGUGGUGCGUCUGGCCACAUCGGAGUGGCGCAUACUCUCCAAGCAAAUCAGCUACGAGAGCUCGGAGAGUGGCAAUCCCGUGCUGGCUGUCUUUAUUGCCGGCAGCCUGUGCGCCAUGCUCGCCUUUGCCUGUCCCCUGCAGCAUCUCAGCUACACUCUAGCCGCCAGUCACAUUGGUGCUGGCUUCCUGCGUGCCUUCUAUCUGCUAUAUACCCCAUAUCGACCGAAGUUCAUGCAACCCAGCUGCGAGUCCUCGCUGUCCUACAGUCGCCUGUCCACGGCUCCCAUUGCCAAGAGCAGCAGUUGCAGCAGUGCCGCCACCUCCAGCUCGAGUCGCCUCAAGCGUAGCCUCUGGAACAUCAGUCUGACCAAGCACACGGGCCUAAAGAAGCCCAAGACGAAGCCAAGGAACAAGCAGGAGGUGGAGAAGGAGUGGCUGCUGCUAGGGGAACCAACAUCGCCGUGUCCGCAGCGUGAGGGCAGGGAUGUGGAGUCAACGAUUCUGUCGGAUGGAGAGCCACCGCCAUCGGACUUUGAGUAUCCCGACAAGUUUGACAAAAGUGAUUCGGAUACCUCAACGGACAUUGAUGCCAUUGUGGAUGAAUAUCGGGAGAAGAUUAAAGUAACCACGGCAGGCCCCUUGGAGCGCAGCGUUCGUGUGCCCACUGUCAGCUCGUGGCGUGUGACUAUCUUUGCUCUGGUGGUCAUUGCCUUGGGCAUUGCUCUGUGUGUGGCUGGACUCACGAUGCACUGGGCACCGGCUAGCUUUACCGGUGCCAUUGGUGUGUUCAUUGUGACCAUAAUGAUGGGCUUUAUACCCAAGUACACGGGCAGUGUGAUCAAUGUGAGUCCCGUUCUGUGUGGCAUGUCGCUGCUGCUGUGCGUUGUCCUGUUCAGCGGCUGUGCAGUGCACUCGUGGCCGGGUCUGAUCAUCUGGCUGCUGGCUGGACUCAUAAUGGUGGUGCGAUGUGAUAAAGUCUGCUGCAAUUGCUUCGAGCACUCGUCCAUGAUGAAUGCCCAGCUGAUUCCCAGUGUUUCGGGCAAGACAAUCGCAUCGGGAGUAAAAAAAGCUUCAUUAGCAUCUGGUUCGGGUUUGAGUGGUGCGGGACCAUCCACCAGCAUUCGGAUACCCAGGCCGCCCAAGACUGUGGGCGUGGUCAGUUUGCCGCAACGCAUCAAUGGCCAUAGAUGACAGUCGGAGUCCUCGGAGGAGGGCGAGGACUUGUUCCACGAGGACUUCAACGUGCGCGACUUCGAUGAGGAGGAUGGCAAUGCUGGCGAGGAUUGUUGGACUGAUUAGCUUGCCCUGACGCCGCCUGCUUUAGAUAUCUACAAUAUAAAAUGCUUUGAGGAUCUCCGAGAUGAUCAAUCAAGCUUCAAGCCAUUAUGCCUGACUUUUCUAGCUAGUUCAAUUCAAUGUCAAAAUCCAUUUAUGUACAAUUAUGUAUGUAUUUAUGUAUGUCUUAUGUAUGUAUCUCUAGUUAGGCAACCCUCUUUACAAAUAGGC